AGGCUCCUGCACGAAGUGAUGCUCCUCUUUGCCUUGCUCCUAGCCGUGGGGCUCCCACUGGCAGCGGCCAAUGUCACCAUUAGUCCUCAUUGGACCUAUAGUUUGAAAUGCCAUGACUGUGGGGUCAUAAACGACUUCAACUGUCCCAACAUUAGAGUAUGUCCGUAUGACAUUAGGCGCUGUAUGACAAUCUCCAUUCGCAUAAACUCUCGUGAACUACUUGUUUAUAAGAACUGUACAAACAACUGCACAUUUGUGUAUCCAGCUGAACAGCCUCCUGAAGCCCCAAGAAAACAGAUCAAAGCGAAUAGUUUCUAUUGGGUUCGUUGUUGUAAUAGCAUGACUUGCAAUGCAGGAGGACCUACUAAUCUUGAAAGGGACAUAUUACCUGAUGCAACAAUUGAAGAGGAACUUCCAGAAGGAACUGUGCGGUUGGGGGAGUCAAAACUAUUCCUGAGCUUUGCCUUUAUCAUAGUCAGCAGUAUCCUGUUAUGAGGACCCUCCUUGGAGGGUCUGACCAUCUUCACCUGUUCUGCAGAGAAAUGUUGCUCUCCAUUAUUCCAUUGUAAGCCAGGGACACUUACCCACUGCUCCUAUACGUGGCCCAUUUAUGGUUUGUUGUAAGAGAAAAAUAAAGAAAAUUAUUGUUUAGUGGA